CCUACGAUCAGCCCAGCUCAGCAUUCGCGCACCUCGCCCAUCCUCCUCACCUCUCGCAAUACCUGUCUCAAAACGCUCCACGACCACUUCUGCAUCGCCUAUGCUCCGCUCCUCGAGUCCGCAGACCCAAAAGUGAAAGAUGCGGGGCAUCUCCUCGCCUCGCAGGAUGCUUUACAACAGGAGCGCGAUGUUUGGACCAGGGCGACCAAGAUGAGCUACCGCUCGAGCAUCGUGACAAUGGCAGUAGGCAUCAAGAAGAGGGACGUUGAGGCCGUCAAACGCUGCUUGAGCGAGGCGCUCUCCAUUUUGCCAAACGGCGAUGCCAACGACCAUACCGAGCUUGCUACAGCCUUGGCGACCCGGCUGCGUUCGCUGUGCACCGAGGUGGGAACGAACGCUGCGGUGGACGAGAAGCGCCGCAGUGAGGAGCGUCGUAUCAAGACGGAGCUGAGCGUUACCAAGCUGAAAGACGCAGACCUCAUCUGCCCAGACAGGCGCCUGGCCGAAUUUGGCUUCGACGUGGUGCCCACCAGAGAUGGCAAGCAAGAGGCCGCAGCGGCACAAUCGUCCACCUCCGCCGAUGCAGCAUGGGGUGCUGGCUCCUCCGAACUUUCAGCCCACGGGCAACAGAAAGAAUGCGAUCGCUGUCGCAAGCCCUUCAUCGUCGGCCAAGGCGGCCCCUCAGAUUCCACGACAGGCCAAGACAUGCACGCCUGCCACUACCAUUGGGGCAAGAAGACUUUUGAACGGGACCCCACCGCCGGGGUGCGCCAUCGUGUUCAGGUCUGGACGUGCUGUGGGCGCGGCGUGGAGGCGCCGCUUAAGGGAGAUCGCACCUGCUGCGUGGGACCACACGUUUUCAAGGAGGAAGACGUCGCACAGCUGCAUCGUCGUGAGGGCUUUGUGAGCACGCAGGAGCUGGAUGAACAGCUCAGCAACGAGGAGCGGCAAGAAGCCAAGAGCACCCGCCUUGAGAUUGUGGCAUUGGACUGUGAACUUGGCUACACGACCGGUGGGCUAUCCCUCACGCGAGUGACGCUCAUUGACCAAGGAGGCAAAGCAAUCUACGACUCUCUCUGUCGUCCUCGCACCACACUCGUCGACACGAAUCUGCAAUUCUCCGGGGUGACCACAGCUCAACUUCAAGAUCCCACCAUCCCCUCCCUUCCCGUCAUCCGCCAAACCCUCACCCAUUACAUCAGCCCCACCACCCUACUGGUGGGACACGGCCUCGAGAAUGACCUUCGAGCUCUGCGCCUCCUGCAUCCGCUGCUGUGUGAUACGGCCCUGCUCUUCCCUCAUCCGAUCAAGGGCUUUCCUUACAGGCAGAAGCUGAAGGAUCUGGCGUAUCGCUUGCUGGGGAGAACAAUUCAGGCGGGCAUGAGUACGGAUGGGCAUUCGAGUCUAGAGGAUGCGAAGGCUAGCUUGGAUCUGGUGAAGUGGAAA